AUGGCCGACGUCAAGAAGGGCAAGACUCCCAAGGAGUUCUUUGUCGACUUCAUGAUGGGUGGUGUGUCUGCGGCUGUUGCCAAGACCUCCGCUGCUCCCAUCGAGCGUAUCAAGCUCCUGAUUCAAAACCAGGACGAGAUGAUCAAGCAGGGCCGCCUUGCUGAGCCCUACAAGGGCAUCAGCGACUGCUUCGCGCGUACCUACCGUGACGAGGGUGUCCUCUCCCUCUGGAGAGGAAACACCGCCAACGUCAUCCGGUACUUCCCCACGCAGGCGUUGAACUUCGCGUUCAAGGACUACUUCAAGUCCCUGUUCGGCUUUAAGAAGGACGACGGCUACUGGAGGUGGUUCGGUGGCAACGUCGCCUCCGGUGCCGGUGCUGGUGCCGCGUCGCUCAUGUUCGUGUACUCGCUCGACUACGCUCGUACCCGUCUUGCGAACGACGCGAAGUCCGCCAAGGGUGGAGGAGCCCGCCAGUUCAACGGCCUCGUCGACGUCUACAAGAAGACCCUCGCGUCUGAUGGUAUCGCCGGUCUCUACCGUGGCUUCGUCCCGUCGGUUGUCGGCAUCGUCGUCUACCGUGGUCUCUACUUCGGUGUCUACGACUCGCUCAAGCCCGUUGUCCUCGUCGGUGCUCUCCAGGGCUCGUUCUUCGCGUCCUUCCUGCUCGGCUGGGGUGUUACCAUUGGUGCUGGUCUUGCUUCGUACCCUCUCGACACCAUCCGUCGUCGCAUGAUGAUGACUUCUGGUGCUGGUGUUCACUACAAGUCCAUGUUCGAUGCUGGCUCGCAGAUCGUCGCGAAGGAGGGCAUGAAGUCCCUGUUCAAGGGUGCUGGUGCCAACAUCCUCCGUGGUGUUGCUGGUGCUGGUGUCUUGUCGCUCUACGACAAGCUUCAGGAGGUCAUGUUCGGCAAGGUCUACUCCGGUGGCUCUGGCUAA